AUGAACAGUAACUAUGUGAGUGGAGGAGGCACUCUACAGAUAUCCUUGUCCUUGGUCCUAGUGACGAUUGUCCGAGGGGACGAAGUCGUGAAGACUCAAGCAAAGAGAGGAGCUUUGGGUCUGGGUUAUGGAUACGGAGGAGGAGUCAGCCUUCCUAUUAGUACAGGAGGCAUUGUUUCUAAGGGAAUAGUGUUGGACGGAGCUUCAUUGGGAGGCUUUGGAUCAGGAGGGCUUUAUUCACAAGGAGUGAUUUCAGGAGGGGCUUCAUCAUUGGGAGUGAUUUCAGGAGGGGGUUCGUCAUUGGGAGUGAUCUCAGGAGGGGCUUCAUCAUUGGGAUUGGCAUCUGCCGGAGUAGGAGUGGGAGGUCUUGGUUUGGGAGUCGCGUACGGAGCUCCAAGGGCAACUGUGAACACCGUUACCCAAACAGUAGCGAUUCCAGUUCCUCAACCCGUUCCUGUCACCGUUAACAGGCCAGUAGCCGUUCCUGUUCCUCAACCUGUCCCUGUAUCCGUUCCUCGUCCAGUUCCCGUGCCUGUUCCUCAGCCCUACCCAGUUUCUGUGCCCAAACCGUACCCAGUUGCCGUUCCUCGUCCGGUUCCUGUGAGGGUACCACAGCCCGUGGCAGUUCCAUACCCACAACCCUAUCCAGUUUCCGUACCACAGCCAUAUCCUGUAACCAUAACUAGACCCGUACCCGUUCCCGUACCUGUACCCACAAUUGUCGAGACCCCUGUAGCUGCUGCUGCUCCAGCAGUUGCACUUCCUGCUGCGUCGGCCAUAGGAUUUGCUGCUGCCGCUCCUUCUGUAUCCCUACCUGCCUCUGCUGCCGUGGCCGUCCCUGCUUCUGCCGCUGUAUCCUUUCCUGCCGCAUCAUCAAUAGGCUUUUCGUCUGCCUCAGGUUACGCUCUACCAGCAGCGGUAGGAAUCUCUUCUGGCCCAGCGUUACAAAUAUCUUCGGCUCCUGCGGUGGCAGUCCACUCCGCUCCUGCCAUUGCGCUAUCUUCUGCCCCUGCAUUAUCACUCCACGCAGCGUCUGUGGCACCGGUCCUACCAAGCGGCUAUGGCUAUGGUUAUGGAUAUGGCCUGAAAGGAUACUCAGGAAUUAAAUAUGGUGCGGGAGGAUAUAAAUCCCUGGGAUUGUCGUCAUACGGUCACUGAUAAAUCUAGUCAUUUUAUUAAUUAGAUGUGUAUAGUUACCACAAACCCGGGCCCCGAUCUCUACACUGCUUGAUGAUGCUUACAUCUUCCUCGGCAAGGCAUGUUGCAGCCAUACCAACUGAUAGGAUGGAUUACAAGUUGUCUCUCUAUUGAGUUUACAUAGUCAUUUUAUUUAUAAAGUAAAUAUAUUACAUUUUUAUGU